AUGGCUGCAGCUAGUUCCCAGAGGCCGACUAAUGGAGGCUCGAUACCUCCCCAAUCUGUCCCUCUGAAUGGUGUACCACGCGCUCCAUCGCACAGACGGCAGCAGUCUCACGGCAUGACACCCAACGCAUUGGAUUACGAAACUGAUAGUGAUCAGACUUACGGAUCCAUCGAUGUCCCACAGACUCGAUCGAAACCUCACAAGAAUAACCCUGCUGUGGUUCAUGGUCAUCAAACUUCUCGCUCGUUCUCCGCAAGGACGAAAGGUUUGUCCCGCGAAGGGCAUCCAAACUGGAGGGAAAAGCCAUUACCACCAGAGCCAUAUAUCUCACCUGAUGAGUACGCCACUUCACGGGGCAGCAUGACUGAGUCUAGACUUUCUAUGUCAAGUUCGGUGAAGCGGGAUGAUUCUCAUAUGGCACCACCACCUGGAGACAGUCACCAAACGCCGCUAAGUCGCUCUAACACGGUACGCUCCACGGCAGAGCAAAAGCAUGAUUGGGCGGCAGAUCGGUCACCUCUUCAAAAGCUUGAAGUGGCACUGACUGGAAUCAGCAAAGAAGAGAAGCGAGCGCGAGUCUUAGAAGCUGAGAUGAGGGUGAAAGAGCGGAUAGCACGUCAGCAAGCUGAAAACAACAAUCGCACAGCGGUUCCAUCUGCAAGAGGCUACCCCCAGAAUACAGGAGUUGUCAGGACUGGCAAUGCUCCUAGACGGUCUGUGUCCGUGAGCCACCCAGCAGGAAAUGACGUUAUGGGCUCGCAAUCAAUUAAACCAAACAUGCCACGAGGGGUUAGCGGUCCUUACACUGCAGAUACUUCCCAGGACCACCGGUAUCCUGAUCCUACUGCAGGAAAAACCCAAUAUCUGAGCCCUGCGGCGUCCGGGGCUAGACCAGUGCCGCAAGCUAUACGAAGGAAAGAGGCCCCCACAGCGACUAUUGGGCCCCAGCAAGCGGACCUGAAGGCCUACCCGACUGGGACUGGAUCUACUGAUAAUGCUAUGCCUGAACACUCCGAUUCGAGUCGACAGCCAGGCGGGAAUGCCGCAAUGACAUCUCAAAGUUUUGAGAGCGAACCUGCGUCACAGCCUAAACCCAAGCGGCAGACUGUUUCAUUUGAUGUCCCACCUCCAACUCCUCCACCUUUGUCGGAGUGGAAAACAGCACCAGUGGCAAGACUGGGUGCUUCUGACUUUGACUACCAGAAUUUCGAUGUCGAUAAAAGUAAGGCGUGGUGGGAAGGUGGCGGAAGCAACAACCGCAGAAAGAGUAGGGCGCUGCCAAUCAACUACCAGAGGCCACCAAACACUAAGCCAUCGGUGAACAAGCGCUUCCAGCCACAUCUGUUCCUUAAAUGUGGUCCUUUACUCCGAUACGGAGGGUUGAAGCGGGUGCGAAUAGAUGGACCCAAUGGGGCAUUCGAUAAGGAGACUUGGAGAGGGAGUGUGUUGAUUGUGACAAGGGAUUCUCUCUCUUCAUAUGAGCCACCACCUACUUUAAGAUUAUUUCCUCAACCAAUGGAUCUGCUACCUCCUCCUCCGACUGAACUGAAUGGAGAGGAUUCUGAACUAGCCCCUGAGUAUGUGGACCCGACAGCUGGACUUAUGAAAUUGGGGCGAGAUGGUCGGCCUCUCUAUGUUAAGCCAGUAGAUCAUACAGAAGAACAGCUGGACCUCUCUUGCAUUGAAAAUGACGAUGGCAUCUAUGAGAUGUCACCAAGCAUCAUUGACUACAGCACUGAGGGUAUCAAGCAACCAAUCCCUGCUAACAGAGUCCAUUCUAUGGAUGGAGAAAUUGCUGGAUUCUAUAAGGAGGUUGCAGGGGCCCGCCUCUACGCCGACCCAGGAAGAGAUAUCACUUUCUGGAGGUUUAAUAUUGAGAUUGAAUUAGGAAAUACCCAGCAGCGGAUUGCAUAUCGCCUCAACCAAGGGCCGGCUCUGGGAUUCUGGGUGCCUGCUAGGGGACAGUCGAUGAACAUAAUGUACCACACAUGUAACGGCUUUGCCCCCGGCGUCGACUCUAACAAACUCUGUGGUCCAGACCCUCUGUGGCGAGACGUGCUCAAUGAGCAUCAGACUCGCCCAUUCCAUGUCAUGAUUGGUGGAGGAGACCAGAUAUUCAACGACAGGAUUACAGUAGAAUCAUCCUUUUUCCAGGAAUGGGUCAAGAUGAAAGAUAUCCAUGAGAAGUACGACACGCCGCUAAACAUGGAGUUCAAAGCGGAAUUGGAAAGUUCUUUUCUUGAGCACUAUUCACGGUGGUUUUCACAGGGGCUUUACUCCCUUGCAAACUCGCAAAUACCCAUGGUUAACCUCUGGAAUGACCAUGAGAUCAUCGAAGGCUUCGGAUCUUACCCCGAUGAGUUCAUGAGCACGCCCGUGAUCUCAGGGCUUGGCAACAUAGCAUUCAAAUACUACUUGCUAUUCCAGCACCACAGCGUUCCGGAAGAGACCGAAGCAGAUGAGCCUAGUUGGCUGCUUGGGGCUCUUCCUGGACCGUACAUCAACCACCGAAGCCGCAAUCUGUUCAUGUCUCUAGGUGGUGGGGUGUCUCUCCUCGGCCUAGACUGCCGGACUGAACGCAUGAACGACGAAGUGCUCAGCGAACAAACUUCUGAUUUGAUCUGGGACAGAUGCCAUCGUGAAAUUGUCCGGGGCGAGACGAAGCACUUGCUAGUGCUGCUGAGUAUUCCGGUUGCAUAUCCUAGGGUGGCGAUGGUGAAAAAUAUUCUAAACAGCCGGAAAUCGCUCGGCAAAGCCGGGAUUUUUGGCGGUUUUGUAAACAAGACAGGGGGCAAAAUUGAAAUCUUCGAUGACCACUGGACUGCUAAGCACCACAAGUCCGAACGCCAAUACUUGAUCGAAGAUCUUCAGGACUUGGCAGCAGACAAAUCCGUCCGUGUGACCAUUUUAAGCGGCGAUGUGCAUUUGGCUGCCAUUGGCCAAUUAUACUCGAACCCAAAAUUGAACUUGCCUAAGGACAAAGACUAUCGAUACAUGCCCAACAUCAUUUCCUCAGCUAUUGCAGAUAUUCCCGAGACGGAGAUGGUGUCAGACACGCUCAACAAACGGAAUCGAGUUCACCAUCUAGAUACUAAUACAGACGAAGACAUGAUCCCCAUAUUUACACAUGAUGUGAAUAAUAAGCCACGGAAUAACAAACGGUUGCUACCACGCCGAAACUGGUGCUCCAUCCGUGCGUAUCAGCCAGGCUUUACACCACAGACCACACCGGAACCUGAAUCGUCGCCGGUGGAGGAGCCUCGACCGGGCAAGUUGCAAAGGACACUGUCCUUGACGCGCGGAGACAGACCCCAGGGUAGCGGCGGCCUGUUACGCCGACUCUCGGGGCGUGGACGGCCACCGACUAAGGACUUUAACCUUGGAGGGAACCCAGUUGGGAGGCGUAUGAGUAUGGAUGGCCCAUUUCCUCCUGCGGAGACAGGCGAUAGCUACUUUCCACCGCCCGCAAAUUCCCGCCCAGCCCCAUUCCUUCGACGGCCUACGAAUCUGAGCCAGAAGGCAUCUAAGAAGGCUGCAAAGCAGGGGGACGAUGGGGUUGGCGCCUUCGUUAAUUUAGAAGGGGGGUUGGCUAUAUCCUUGAACUUGGAAUUAAACCCGAAAGACCCGUCUGGUAUUACGACUCCAUACAAGCUGCUCGUGCCGAUGCUGCGGUACGAAGGGGAUGAGUAUGACCCCCCUGCGGCACCAGUUGCGAAGGGCUGGAAGCGGUGGUUGAGUGUACGGAGGAAUAAAAGAGAAAAGCAGAAUGUGGAGGACACCGAAGCUGAAGAAGGUUUCAGCGAUGAGGACGAGGAUGAGUACGACCAGCGCGAGAAUUAUGGACGCUCAGCGGGACGCGAACAUGACUAUGUUGCUGGUAGAGACGCGCCUCCGGAGACAUUAGUUCCGGUUGCUAGUCCAGGCGAACUAGAGCACGAUGGUGUUGCCGAAACCUCGAGAAGGAGGAAGUGGUUUGGCCGAUGA